AUGGAGAAACUGCCCUCUAAGAAGAGAUUACUGGAACUAAAGAGUACGGCAUGUCGUAUUUUUGGAACUAUUUUUAAUCCAAAGGCUUUGAGAAUGGGAAACCGUGUGCUUCUCCGGCGAUUUCCUGGUUCAACUGUUUCUCAAUACUAUUCAAGGUUUAAUCUUCCCCCAAAAGUUCUUAUUCGUGCGUUUCCACACUUGAAUUUAGUAGAUUUGGAUGAAUCAGUGCGUAAAGAAUGGGUAGAAAGAAGAAAACAGCGUGGUAAAGGGCCUCCACCUAAAUCCAAAUUUAAAAAUGAGUCAAAAUCCAAGAAAAAAUGAUGAAUUUUUAAGGUUUUUAUAUAAAAAAGAUAAAAAUGAAAAUUAUAAGCAAAAAAUAAGAUAGAAAA